GUCUGUCACCUCUCCAAUAAGUUGUUCAGAGAACUCGGCACUUUGAGGGACUGAACGCAUUCUAAAUGGAGCAGAGAUAUUGGAGAUAAAAAAACUUAAAUAGCUAACCAGCCAAUACAAUUUUAAGUGGGAGUGCGGUGAGCGGCCGUGAUGGGUGACACGGAGCUGGGUCUGUCUGCUGUACAGCCAGAGGAACUAGAACCGCAGAGCCCCUCCACAGCCUCCUCCUCUCCCUCCCUCUCUCUGCCCUCCUCCCCUUCCUCUGGAUCCUACCACCAUCAGCAGACCUCCAGUCCCAGCCCCACUCACAGCGAUGGUCCAGCCGCCUCCAGCCCACCCCUGGAUGUCAUCUCAGAGGGCGUGGGCGAGCUGACCCUGGUCAUCGAUCCCGAGGUGGCCAAGAUGGCCUGCCAGGAGGUGCUGCAGAAGGUGAAGUUCCUCAAAGGCGAAAGUGAGGGGUCAGGUCCUGGGUCUGAUGGUGGCAAUAGCACAGACCAAACACUGGUCAACGGGACUGUACAUAAGACUAUCAAGCCCCCAAAAAUCCCCGGGGAGGAGGACUCUGAGGCACUGCCUCCAGGCUCGGUGAAAAGCGCGCGGCGGCGCCAGCGCCACAACCCCUCCAAGCAGUCGUGGCUGCUGCGGCUGUUUGAGUCCAAACUCUUCGACGUGUCAAUGGCCAUCUCCUAUCUACACAACUCCAAGGAGCCGGGUGUGCAGGCCUACAUCGGCAACCGUCUGUUCAGCUUCCGCCACGAGGAGGUGGACUUCUACCUGCCGCAGCUGCUCAACAUGUACAUCCACAUGGACGAGGACGUGGGAGACGCCAUCAAGCCCUACGUGGUGCACCGCUGCCGUCAGAGUAUCUCCUUCUCGCUGCAGUGCGCCUGGCUGCUGGGCGCCUACUCCUCCGACAUGCACAUCUCCACACAGCGACACUCGCGCGGCACCAAGCUACGCAAACUCAUCUUCUCCGACGAACUCAAACCAGCUGCGGUCCGUGCCCGCCAGCCAUUGACGUUGGCCCCUUUCUGCCCACUUCCGACCGCUGCACCAUCCCUGCACGGGCACGGCUUGGGCGGAGAGCACGGUCUGUCGCCUACGAAGCGCACGCAUCAGCGCUCCAAGUCGGACGCCACCGUCAGCAUCAGCCUGAGCAGCAACCUGAAGAGGACAGCGAGCAACCCCAAGGUGGAGAGCAACCAGGAUGAGGAUCUGAGCUCCAGCUCUGAAAGUCUUAAUUGUUAGACUAAGACUGGUACACCGGCGCGUCUGGCACCGCAGAGAGAGUUCAUCAAGUCCCUGAUGGGCAUUGGGAAGCGGCUGGCCACGCUGCCCACUAAGGAGCAGAAGACGUCCCGGCUCAUCUCGGAGCUUUCGCUGCUCAACCACAAGCUGCCCGCCCGCGUCUGGCUGCCCACCGCCGCCUUCGACCACCACGUGGUGCGCGUCCCUCACACACAGGCUGUGGUGCUCAACUCCAAAGACAAGGCGCCGUACCUCAUCUAUGUGGAGGUUCUGGAGUGUGAGGACUUUGAGACGUCCAACGUUCCGGUGCGGAUCUCCGAGACCAGGAUCCGCAGCACGCGCUCAGUGGAGAACCUUCUGGACUGUGGCAUCACGGCAGAUCAGCGAGCCGGGGGCUUCUCAACGGUUCACAACUACGAUGAGGAUAACGAAGCCUGGUCUGUGGACGACAUCAGGGAUCUGCAGGUGGAGCUACCAGAGUUCCACACCAACAGCUGUGACAACAUCUCCCAGUUCUCAGUGGACAGCAUCACCAGCCUGGACAGCAAGGAGCCCAUCUUCAUCGCUGCUGGAGACAUAAGGCGGCGUCUCUCAGAGCAGCUAGCUCACACACCCACCACAUUCAAACGGGACCCAGAGGACCCUUCAGCAGUGGCCCUCAAGGAGCCGUGGCAGGAGAAGGUUCAGCGGAUAAGGGAGGGCUCCCCAUAUGGACACAUCCCUACCUGGAGGUUGUUGUCAGUCAUCGUCAAGUGUGGCGACGACCUUCGGCAAGAGCUCCUGGCCUCUCAAGUGCUGCAGCAGCUCCAGAUCAUCUGGGAACAGGAGCGCGUGCCUAUCUGGAUCAAACCCUACAAGAUCCUGGUGAUCUCCUCUGACAGCGGCAUGAUUGAACCCAUAGUCAACGCAGUGUCCAUCCACCAGGUGAAGAAACAGAGCCAGAUGUCUCUGCUGGACUACUUCCUGCAGGAACACGGUACCCACACCACCGAGGCCUUCCUCACGGCCCAGCGCAACUUUGUCCAGAGCUGUGCAGGCUACUGUCUCAUCUGCUACCUGCUGCAGGUCAAAGACAGACACAAUGGCAACAUCCUGUUGGACGCUGAGGGCCACAUCAUCCACAUAGACUUUGGCUUCAUUCUGUCCAGCUCGCCCCGCAACCUGGGCUUCGAGACCUCUGCUUUCAAGCUCACCAACGAGUUUGUAGACGUGAUGGGAGGUCUGGAUGGAGACAUGUUUAAUUACUAUAAGAUGCUCAUGCUGCAGGGCCUGAUAGCAGCACGUAAACACAUGGACAAAGUCAUCCAGAUAGUGGAGAUCAUGCAGCAAGGCUCCCAGCUGCCCUGCUUCCAUGGCUCCAGCACCAUCCGGACCCUGAAGGAGCGUUUCCACAUGAGCCUGACGGAGGAACAGCUGCAGGUCCUGGUGGAGCAGAUGGUGGACGGAUCCAUGCGCUCCAUCACCACCAAGCUCUAUGACGGCUUCCAGUACCUCACCAACGGCAUCAUGUGAACGUGUGUGUGCGCGUGCGUGUGUACAGGAUGUGUGUAUGGAAAGGAUACAUGAGUGAGUGUAUGUUUCUAAAUGUGCAGUGGACAUACAUGGACUGGACUGGAGAGGCCGCACCACGGGCAGAGACCACUCCCCCUACAAGUCCCCAUACCUCUACAGACAGAAUACAUUCAUAGUUUAUAGUUGUUUCUAACACCACCUCAACCUUGGACUGAUGUCUUUCCUCACAGGAUUUAGAUGGGAGAGGUUUCAGCUGUGGUUUUCAUCUUUUUCUGCAUCUUUAUUCAUGUCUCUCUGUUUCUCUGUCUGUUUUACCCCCUUAUAUCUUUCCAUGUGCUUUGUUUUCUCCAAUAGGAAUGUGUUCUGUUUCUCCCCGUCUCUGCAGUAUGUAAUGGUACAAUUUCCCUGUGCCUCAGAUAUACAUGACACUCACCAGCCCUUUAAAUCAAUCUGUCUCACCCCAGUGUGUGAUGGUGUUCGGUCUCCAUAUUGACCAUUUCAUUCCAAACUCUCUAUUACAGUGGUUUUCUCUACACUUUCUCAGUCAUGGAAUGAACACUUAGUGAAAUGCUUAGGAACCAGCUCUGUUUCCAUUGUCUUUGGCCUGCCAUACUCACGACUGUUCUUGGUUGUUGAGGAGUGACAUUGUUUGCUAGAUGCACAUAGUUCCCUCAAAAUAUGAUCCGACAAUAGUGGGUUGGAAUGAGGUAGCGCCACGCUACCGAUGUAUCUUCUAUCAACCUAAUUUCUUCUGUAAGCUUUUGUGCAUCACUUUAUAUGAAGGGACAUGACUCAACUGUGAAGACUUGUAUUUCUACCUGGUAUAGGUUUGGAGGAAGAAGAAGAGCCUACUGCUGUCUGUAUUGAGCCACAAGAAACUGGUACUUGUGGGGAUGGUCUGAAUAGACGAAAGGAGAGCAAAGCAGUUUUACAAGAACCAGUGUGAGAACUGAACCCAAGAACCCAGCAUUUCACAAAAGCAGCAAAGGCUUUGAACAUUGAGUAAAAUAGUCAAUUCAUGAAUGGUUGGCUUAAAGUGUUACUUCAAAAUUUCUAAAUCAGAAUGCUUUUGGAUGGAGGUUGAUAAAGAUGGGGUCUAUGAGCUGAUUUCCUGUGUUUUAGGGCAGGAUAGAGAUGACUGUUUCACGUCCAUCCACCACUCUACAUUCAUCCACCACUCUACAUUCAUCUCAAUAGAAUCUGGAUUCUCACCCCUGUUCCAGAUGUCUGAAUGUGUAAGGGCAAACCAAUUACAAGCUAGAAUCCUAAUUAAAUUUAUUUCUCCCAAUAGUUUUUCUACUACCUUUAGUGUUUUUGUCAAACCUUUUUAUUUCUUUAUGAACUGUUAUUUAAUGGACCAGCUGUUAUGAUCAUGUGACCUCCCUUGUACAUUUUCUUUGUAAUAAAUUUAAUUUGUCUGUCAGGCUGUUGAAAAUGA